GGGCCCGGCGGCCGCCCCCGCGCCGCGCCCGCGCCUGGCGGCCCGAUGUGGCUGCAGCAGCGGCUUAAGGGGCUGCCGGGACUGCUGUCGAGCAGCUGGGCCCGCCGCCUACUCUGCCUGCUCGGCCUCCUGGUGCUGCUUCUGUGGUUCGCGGGCUCCGGGGCGCGACGGGCGGCGGGCGGUCUGCAGCUGCUGCCCUGGCCCCGCGGCGAGCCGGGCGCCGCCGAGCCCUCUGCCUGUCUGGAGGCAGCCACCCGCGCGUGGCGCGGCCUGCGGGAGCGGGGCGAGGCUGUACCGCUGGGCCCUGGAGUGCCGGCCCUGGUGGCCAACGGCUUCCUGGCCCUGGACGUGGUCGCCAACCGGCUGUGGGUGACCCCUGGGGAGCGGGAGCCCGCCGUGGCGCCGGACUUCGUGCCCUUCGUGCAGCUGCGCCCGCUGAGCGUGCUCUCUGAAGCUGGAGAGUCAUUGUUGCUGCUGCGGGAAGGGCUGCUGCGGCGGGUGCGCUGCCUGCAGCUCGGGACUCCGGGUCCCGGCCCUGCGGCCGCCGGCCCGGGCCCCGCCUCGGCCUCCGGCCUCGUCACGGGAUCCGGCCGAGACUGCGUGCUGCUGCAAGAGGACUUUCUGGCGCACCGGGGCCGACCCCACGUCUAUCUGCAGCGCAUCCAGCUCAACAACCCCACGGAACGCGUGGCCGCGCUGCAGACUGUCGGGCCCACUGCCGGCCCGGUCCCCAGGGCCUUCACCAGCACCCUGGAGAAGGUCGGAGACCAUCAGUUCCUCCUCUACUCGGGCCGGUCCCCGCCUUUUCCCACGGGGCUGGUGCACCUGAUGGUGGUGGCCGCCAAGAAGUUAGUGAACCGUCUCCAAGUGGCUCCCAAGACGCAGCUGGACGAGACUGUGCUGUGGGUGGUGCACGUCUCCGGCCCUCUUAACCCCCAGGUGCUCAAAAGCAAAGCAGGCAAGGAGCUCAAGGUGCUCCAGGACUUGGCACGGAAGGAAAUGCUGGAGCUCUUGGAGAUGCCGGCGGCGGAGCUGCUUCAGGACCACCAGCGUCUCUGGGCCCAGCUCUUCAGCCCAGGUGUGGAAAUGAAGAAGAUCACCGAUGCCCACACUCCAUCAGGCCUGACCGUGAACCUGACGCUGUACUACAUGCUUUCCUGCUCCCCCGCGCCACUGCUCAGCCCCGACCUGAGCCACAGGGAGCGGGACCAGAUGGAGUCGACCCUCAACUAUGAAGAUCACUGCUUCAGCGGCCACGCCACCAUGCACGCCGGGAACCUCUGGCCAGGCCGCCUGUCCUCCAUCCAGCAGAUCCUGCAGCUCUGGGACCUGUGGAGGCUGACCCUGCAGAAGCGCGGCUGCAAGGGGCUGGUGCAGGCGGGCGCCCCGGGCAUCCUGCAGGGCAUGGUGCUCAGCUUCGGCGGCCUGCAGUUCACCGAGAACCACCUCCAGUUCCAGGCCGACCCUGACGUGCUGCACAACAGCUACGCCCUGCAUGGCAUCCGCUACAAGAAUGACCACAUCAACCUGGCCGUGCUCGCGGACCCCGAGGGCAAGCCGUACCUGCACGUGUCUGUGGAGUCCCGCGGCCAGCUCGUCAAGAUCUACGCCUGCGAAGCGGGCUGCCUGGACGAGCCUGUGGAGCUGACCUCGGCGCCCCAGGGCCACACCUUCUCGGUCAUGGUGACGCAGCCCAUCACGCCGCUGCUCUACAUCUCCACCGACCUCACGCACCUGCAGGACCUGCGGCACACGCUGCACCUCAAGGCCAUCCUGGCCCACGACGAGCACAUGGCCCAGCAGGACCCCGGGCUGCCCUUCCUCUUCUGGUUCAGCGUGGCCUCCCUCAUCACCCUCUUCCACCUCUUCCUAUUCAAGCUCAUCUACAACGAGUACUGUGGGCCUGGCGCCAAGCCCCUCUUCAGGAGUAAGGAAGAUCCCAGUGUCUGAGUGGCAUCAGUCCUGCUUUCAGUCGCCACUUGCACAAGACACCCAGCACUGAAAGUCCUGCUGCUGCGAACAAGGGAUCCUUUGAAAGCACCCAGCCUUUUGUGCCUUGUUGGGGGACACCAGUGACUCGGAAGUGCGUGUGGAUGUUCAGGAGUUUGCAUCGGGGAGCAGGAGGGGAUGGGCUGCUGGACUUUUUGUAAGCUUUCGACUCAAUAAAGUGAACCUGUACGGAAAA